AUGUCUUCUUCAGAAAACUCUAAUCCUUUUUCUUUGCCUAAAUCGUCUUCUAUAUCUUCUUCUUCUACUACUUCCUUUAGAAAAUUUGAUGCUUCUAAAAUGGAAUAUCUCUAUGAGAUAUCCUAUCUUCCUGAAUCUAAGAAAGUUCCACUCACAGACUUACCUCUUGUAAAUCUGUAUCUCCUUUACACAAAACCUCGCCAGUCUAUUACUAAAACUGAUAAUACUCAUCUCCACUUUGGAGCUGUUAGAUUUUCUUUGAAUCUCCAUGGAAGAAAAUGUCUUCCUACAGUUUCAAUAAUUGCUCUGUUAGAAUCUCAUUUCUCUGAAUAUCAGUAUGCUUGCAUAGGAACUGUAGAAACAACUUUCAGUACUGGAACUGCUUUAGUCAAAAUGUUUCCGAACUUCAAUAUGCCAUAUCUGAUCCACAAAGUUGGAUUACUCGGAAAGCCAUUAGGCAAAAAUGAUGAUCCCAUAAUUCCUACUGGAUGGGAUGAUGAUUGCAACAGAUAUAAUAAUGAAUGGGAUUGGAAUAAUAAUCCACCCCCAUCUCAUUUUCCUAUGGCGAUGUUUCAUCCUCCUAUCCAUGAAGAGUUUCCUCCUUUAGAAACUUUUGAAAAGGAUCAUUCUACUCAUUCUUGGAAAAUCAAGAAUUUAAGCACUAGGAGUUCUGAGUCUGAGACUGUUGAAUCAUCUAAAGAAUUCUCUAAUGAAUCUACAAAUGAUAAUCCUCCUUUAUAUAUGGCUGAUCAAGCACAAACAGGUCAAUCUCAAACUCAGCCUCCAGGUAAACAUACUAUUGAAGAACCAGAAGUACUUGAUGAAGACAUGAUUGAAACUCAUGUGACUAACAAUUAUUAUUUUUCAAAUGGAAAUACAGACUACAAGAAAUGA